CGAAGAAAGGCGUUCCUCUCCCCCUGUUUUUACCACGGCUCCCCCGCCCACCACCACCUUAAAGCGGCUUCACUUCAUAAGAAUCAGGACGACGAGCCCACAGCGAGUUAACAGGAGGAGCUGUCAGAGCCUCGAGCCGACGCCGAACCGGAGCCGCGCGUCGGUGCGUUUUUUGUGCUGGAGUUUACAUCUUUUCUCCUCGUGAUGUUUCCUCGCAGCCUGAUUUUGUGAGUUUCCACAAACUAAACUAUGGUCUCCGGUUGCGCUGAGGAAUGUCUCCCGUAUUGGUCAGGCUUGGUCAGGAAGAAAGCGGCGUCCCUGCCUGGAUUAUGCGUCUGACCAAAUGGAAACGCGUGGAAGAAACAGAAAAGUGAGCACAUGGGGAAGCCACCGGGAAUGAGUCACUCCUUCAUUCGGGUCCUGGCAGGUUUAUUUACAUGUUUCAUGGAGACCAACAACUUCAGAGUCACGGAUGCCAAGGAGCACGAUUCCAGAUCCUCCUCCAGCAUGUCUCCAUCAGACUUUCUGGACUCGCUCAUGGGUCGCACGUCCGGGUAUGACGCACGAAUCAGGCCCAAUUUUAAAGGUCCCCCCGUAAACGUUACAUGCAAUAUUUUUAUCAACAGUUUUGGCUCUGUCACAGAGACAACGAUGGUGAGUUUCUCUGCUACUUUGAUUGCUGUUUUCCCUUUAAGAUGUGUCAAUGUGUUAUCUAUCCCUCAACCUGCAGGUCCACCAGUUAAUGUUACCUGCAACAUAUUUAUCAACAGCUUUGGUUCUAUAGCAGAAACUACAAUGGAUUACAGGGUAAACAUCUUCCUGCGACAGAAGUGGAAUGACCCCCGGCUGGCGUACAGUAAAUACCCAGAUUCCUCUCUUGACCUGGACCCGUCUAUGCUGGACUCCAUAUGGAAGCCUGAUCUCUUCUUUGCCAACGAGAAGGGCGCCAACUUCCAUGAUGUCACCACAGACAACAAGCUGCUGCGUAUCUUCAAGGAUGGAACUGUCCUCUACAGCAUCAGGUUGACUCUCAUCCUGUCGUGUCCGAUGGAUCUGAAAAACUUUCCAAUGGACGUCCAAACUUGCACGAUGCAGCUGGAAAGCUUUGGCUACACCAUGAACGACCUGAUCUUUGAGUGGCUGGAGAAUGGCGCCGUGCAGGUGUCCGAUGGACUCACCCUGCCUCAGUUCAUCAUGAGGGAGGAGAAGGAACUGGGCUACUGCACUAAACACUACAACACUGGUAAAUUCACCUGUAUUGAAGUUAAAUUCCACCUGGAACGCCAGAUGGGCUACUAUCUGAUCCAGAUGUACAUUCCCUCCCUCCUCAUCGUCAUCCUCUCAUGGGUGUCGUUUUGGAUAAAUAUGGAUGCGGCGCCUGCCAGAGUAGCACUGGGCAUCACCACUGUGCUCACCAUGACAACGCAGAGCUCUGGCUCCAGAGCUUCUCUUCCAAAGGUCUCGUAUGUGAAAGCCAUUGAUAUCUGGAUGGCUGUGUGUCUGCUCUUUGUUUUUGCUGCACUGCUGGAAUAUGCCGGGGUUAACUUUGUCUCCAGGCAACAGAAAGAGUUUCUCCGCCUAAGGAGAAGACAAAGGAAGAGUCACAAGGAAGAUGAAAUGCGUGAAGGCCGCUUGAACUUUGCAGGUUACAACAUGAGCCAGUGCGUGCCGGCGAAGGACGGCUCGGCCGUUAAGAAUGCCGUUCCUGCUCCGAACCCCCAGCCUUCGACUGCAAAGGACAUAGACUCCGUGAGGAAAAAAUUUGUGGACCGAGCCAAGAGGAUAGACACGAUGUCCAGGGCCGCCUUCCCUUUGGCGUUUCUCAUCUUCAACGUCUUCUACUGGGUUACCUACAAGAUCAUCCGACACGAAGACAUCCACAAAAACUAACGACUUUGCUCUCAAACAACACUUUGUUUCUCAGAUUGAGAAAUGCUGGGAGGCCGUGCAUUGAGAGGCACCGUGGUGAUAAUGGUGGUGUUCUUUCAGGGAUUACAUAGAACGUUCAUACAUCAUUUAGUGACACUCGUGUUCUGAUAAUGUGAAGAGUCUCGAGAAGCAGAUGCUUUAUUUGUUCUUGUGCUGCUGCAUAAUAUUUUCUGAGGAAUAAUUUAAAAAAAAUUUCAGACAACAGGCUGGAGAAGACGGACCAAAACGCUCGAGCCAAUCAGCCUUGGCGUCCGUGCAACCACGGAAACAAGCAACAUUCCGUAGAGUUUUGUGAAAGUAGCUGAGACUUUUUUUGUGAUGCAAAAUUUCUUAUGAAGGAUGUUGACUGUUUUAUAGUGUAACCUUGUCAAGGCACUUCCUCUUUAUUCAAAAUAUGAGUUUUACAAACACAUGCAUCAAACUAAAGCAGCUGCAAACGUCUCAGGCACGAUGGAAAUCUGGAUUUGGGGACUGGAGACUCCAUUUUUGAGAAAUACCUGAGGCCUUAGAUAUCAAAGUUCCCGUUAAGAUGAAGUGCUACGGUCCUAUACGUUUGUUUUUUUUACCCGUCUUUUCUUGUUGAGUGGUCUAUCGCAGCUGAAUGCACGCUUUGAGCUUUUCUACCUGCGGCCAGACAUCCAAAGGUAUUUCUCGCUGUUGUUUCCUUUUCACUCUAUGACUUUCACGGAUAACUGAUGUCACGUAAAGUCAUAAGCCCUUUUGUCAUGUGUCUUUUUAAAAAUAAAAUUUCCUUUGAUUUUGUAGCAAAUUAUGGAACAUCACAGGCUGUCUUUCUGAACAAACGUAUCAGUGAGCCCACAUUUAUCAGUGUUGUCAUUUGUCACAUGGAUUUAUUUAUUCAUUUAUAACCCAGAUAUUAAGUAGGAGUUCAGAGUUAGAGAAUAUGUUUUGUAGAUUUAGUCAAAUAUAAUAUUCAUUGUAGUGAGUGGCGGGUUAUGUUAAUAAAAUUAUAUCUUUGUGUGAA